CGUCUCCAAAAAAGUAUUGGAUGUCCAAAGGAAUUUAGUCGCCUCCCCUUCUUGACAGUACAUAUUUGACAGGGCACAUUCAAAAAGAGCUUGCACUCCAGCGCAACGUUCAGUUAAGCACAGACGCACAGUCUCUCUCCUCGGGUCUCUUUCGAAACAUUUGGUGGAGCCAAACAAAAAAUAAGCAGCCAUGGAUGCCAUCAAGAAGAAGAUGCAGAUGCUCAAGCUCGACAAGGAGAAUGCCUUGGACAGAGCUGAGGGAGCCGAGGGAGACAAGAAGGCAGCAGAGGACAAGAGCAAACAGGUCUGCAUUAUAUAUGGAAAAUCUAAAUGAUCCUAGAAAAGGCACCUGAAUACCGGUGGCUCUGUGCGCCGCUGUCUCUAAACAUGGAUCGAUCACCUCUUCAAUGUGGAUUUAUCACUUUUACGGAUCAUUCGAAAUAAGGAGUAUUUAAGUGAUAUUUAUGAAUAACAUAUCACAGAGGGUAGGCUAAUUAGUGACCUGGGUAUGAAUUAUCUGAAUAAUUUUUAAUUAUUAUGUCCAUGUCACUAAUUGAUGGGUGGGUGAAGUUUUAUUAAUGUAGCCUAAUUAUAAUUAGGAAAAUAUGUGUAUAGGAAAAUUACUGUAUGCUAAUUAGAAGUAGGCAAUAUAGAAUAAUUACUGUGAGGAAUAUGGAUAGGCUAUUGAAAAACAUGUAUAGGCUUCUUUCAGCAGAAAUGCAAUAGUCUAUUCACUUGUUUGAUGUUCUAUUCAACUAAAUAAAAUGUUGUCCUUUAUGCAUGUGUAGUUAGAGGAUGAAAUAAGUGAGUUGGAAAAGAAAUUACGGAUCACCGAAGAUGAACGAGAUAAAGUGCUUGAUGAGUUCCAAGCCGCCGAGGAAAAGUUGCUGAGCGCGGAGGAGGUAGCCACCAAGGUAUUUUGUGUGGCUCGCAUGAUUUUCCCUAACUUCUCUCCUCUCUCUCUCCCUUUCUCUGUCUGUCUGCGUUCUUGCGCCCUGUGCGCGCUCACGCCCUCUGUUUCCCGCUGAUCACCCCUGUGAAACUGUCCACACUAAAACAAACCUCAGCUCGAGGAUGACUUGGUAGCUCUGCAGAAGAAGCUGAAGGGAACAGAAGAUGAGUUGGACAAGUACUCUGAGUCUCUUAAGGAUGCCCAGGAGAAACUUGAGGUGGCUGAAAAGACAGCCACGGACGUAAGUAAAGGGCACAAAAUCACCAUUCCUGCACACUGCUUCCCACAUCUGUCUCACAGAUCAAAUUGUAAAAUAUGUAAAAUGACAGUUUUACGCGAGAGGCCUUUAUUCGGCCUCAUCACUCGGUUUAAAGUCCAAUCUCAGAUUACCAAAUGUAGGUAGAAUACUAUUUAGGUGUGGCGCACCUGUCGAGCCCUAUAUGUCUAUGGGCCAGCUGGAAUGUAGCGUAUUAUGAUAAAGGAAUAAUAUUUAAAUCACAUAACCAAUCAUGAUGUCAUGCCAGAUAUUGUUGAACUGUCAUUUUAUAUAUUUUGUUUAUGGUUGUUUGUUUGUCUGUUGUCAAAGAUCACAAGUCACCUAAGUCAUAUCAACAUAAAGAACACAAGUGUUCUUGUGUUUGAAUCUCUCCACAUAGAUAGCCUACAUAUGAGACCCCUAAACUAUAGGCUGCGUCAAUUUAAGACAGUAAAUCAGAUUCCUCUCCACAGCUCCUUAAAGUGGGGACAUUUAUGAGUGGAAACUGAAUUUGUUAAACGUGCAGUCUCCAAGUAGAGAGCGAGCGCACCGCACGGAUAAAUAUAGCCCACUGCUUUAUAUGGUCAUUGGUCAAGUUAGAGCUUACUUUUUUUGGGCUGUGCCUGUUUCUUGCAACAGAACAGACUAGGCCUACAGUAAAUUAGUUUCCAUUGAAAAUGUAAUUUUCUAACUAUUCUACCAUCAACCUGAAGUAUUUUUUAAUAAUGAGCUAUUUACUAAUUAAAUCCACUUUUAGACCUAUGGUAUUUUUUGCAAGAUUAUUCUUCUAUUUUUAAAGACAAUCUAUCUUAUUAUUAAUGUAUUUUAUGUUUAUUGUUGUUAUUUUGCGGUACAUUUUGUUAAACUCAUACCCUACAGUGUAAUUUGGCUUCCAUACAGUGUAAUUUGACUUCAUGCAGGGAAGAACUUGAAAUUAGGGAAAUGCUCCAUAAAAGGAAAACUAUGCGAAACGUGUGUAUGUAGAUUCAUGCGUGACACCAGUAGCUGCUUCCAGGGGCAGAAAAAAAAUGUAUAAAAUACCUAGGCUUAUCAUGUUAUGGCAAUAAUAUUAACAAAGAAAAAACAUUAGCAAGUCAAGUUAAUCCCCCUUCAAUAAUUAAGAAGUUAUCAAAUUAGAUGUGACAUUCAGUUGACAAUUGAUUUUCAUUUAUUGAAAGUGUCUAUAGGGUAGCCUACAUCACAAUAGACUAAAGGGACUUCCUAUGCUCAUCUCCUUUCCUUUAUCUGCACUGAUAUGAAAGAGUUAAACUGUUAAAAUAUAUACAUUAUUGGUAGGCAUUCACCUAUCAUACGUUUUCAUAUCACUGCAAAUGAAGGAAAGGAGAUCAGGAAGAAACGCACUCGUUGAACUCCGUGAGUAAAAUUCCACAAAUACGUAGAGGGCCUCCUCUUGGGGCUCUUAAGGAAUUAUACAGUCUGAAAAUCUUGUCAGUCCCAUGUGUACUGUCUAGAUAAUGCCAGCAGAUGGUGCUAUAUACCAGUGCAAGGUACCUGGUGAACGCUUGUACUAACUGGGCUUGCCCUUAUCAUUACAGUACGGCUAACACAGAUACACUUUUUAUUAUGACCAAAUGUUGGUUAACCAUUAUUAUAUUACGAAAACAACAAAAUAAUUAAUGUUUAGUAUACUUUCGAUAUAUUUUCGUUUGUUGUAGGCUUGGACUUGGUUAUGAAAACAUGGUUACUUCCGGUGUAAUGCUCGGUUGUUGCUGUGUGCGUUCCUCACAGACGACCGCGGGCAGCCUCCCUCCAUUUCCAUUCCAAGGAAAGUCUUAAAAACGAGUUUUUCUUAGCAAGUUCAAAUAAUGACAGGUAUAACAUCACUGGAGGCCGUUAAACGGAAAAUAAAAAUCUUGCAACAGCAGGCAGACGGUGCUGAAGAGAGAGCUGAAAAACUACAGAGAGAAUUGGGUUUGGAGAGGAAAGCCAGAGAAUCCGUAAGCAUGUCAUAAAAUAACUGCGAAGUUGUAAAAUUGCUCCAAAAUGUGUGUUGUCAAGUGCAACAAUGAUAUAUUCAUUUUGCGAUGUUUAAUGUCCGAGUGAGUAGCACAGCCUUUUAAAAUGCAUGAUGAUGCACGCAGUACUGACAUAGUGGAAUUUCUCUGACAUCCCGCUGUGUUGGUAGCUAACAAGCUAAAUCUGUCAUGGUCAUUGGUUACGAUUCGUCAACUCGGACAGAUUACGAGUUUGAGGCGAAUUGGAUGAUUGCCUCGUGUAAAUAGUGUUUAGCUGUGGCGGUAGAGCACUUAGAGCACUUCAGGCCUUUUUGAUGGAUUUCAAUGAUACUGUAACCACCAUGUUUCUGAUAUCGUAGUCCGUUAAUAUUUUAUCUUCAUUGAUGGCCAUGAUGUACAAAGGUAACUGUUGUCACAAGCAGUUGUUAUUGGAUUCAAACGUUACAUUCUUUAAUGGUACUGCAUCAUCCCAACUAUUCAUCUCCUGGGUAUGCUAGACUUCUAUGCACAUACUUUAGUGCACAUAACCUAAAGUAAAUUAUAUAUUUUUUACAUAAUUGCAUCAGAGUUAAACUCUAAACUCUUUGAAAUUAUUUUCCAUUUAAACAGGAACGAACGUCAAACAAUUCUACAACAGAGCUGAGAACAAUAUCAAUAGAAGAAUGUCGUUUUAAACAAGGUUUUCCUUAUAAGGACAAAACGUUGUCGCAUGUUCUAAAGAACGGGGCCAGCCUCUGAGCUAUAGAAACAGGAAAUAAAGCCUGUCUGCAUUUGCCAUUAAGAAGGUUAAUUGCCGUCAUCAACAUGGUCACUUCAUGUUAGUUUAUUUAAAGGAAACGUUUUGGGUGGGGUUUGAAAAACCACUAGAUGAACUGAUAAAGUUAUCUUAAUUUCACUGGCUAGUUUCCAUAUCUCCCUUCACAACAUGAGAUGGACUUUGACCCCGCACCACUCUUGUGUUAGUAUGUGAUCAGGCCUCUGUGCGGUUAACCAGGUGCAAAGAUGUCUCAUGGUAUGGUGGGGUAUGCAAAAUAGGUCAACUCUGAGCACCUUUAUCUCUUGAAUGUUUUGGCAUUCAGGUCCAAAAAGUCACUUUCUGAGGCCUUCUACAAUGGGCAAAUGUGUAUGGAAGGUUUCAUUCAAAUCAAAAGGGGUGCUGUCAAAAAGUGAUUUAAGUGUUUUUAAAGAUUCUAAAUAAGUUGUCUUUGGUGCAUAUAGAAACAACAAAUAAUAGAGCAGUGGCUGUCCAUAUCAAUGUUCUGCUAUCAAAUGUUCUGUUUUAUUACCACUAAAGCAUAUCUGUAGCAUUGUAACUGAGUUUUUACUUCCUCAGUAUAAAGUAUCUUAUAAAAAAUUGUGUGACGGUUCCAUAACUUAUUGUUGGUUCUAGUGGUAAGCUAAUUAGAACAGUAGGGGGAUAAACUUGAUAAUAAGUCAUACCACCACUCACCAGUAAAAUAACAAUAAAAAACUAGCCAUUUAGAGAGGAUGAAAGGCUGAACUUAAUCUAAUCUUCAGAUUUGGUCCACUGGGGACUCUUCUUCACUGGUUGUGUGUGUGUGGCCUUUGACAGUGUAAACCUCUUUGGCCCACCAUGACUCCUUGUUAAUGUCCCCUCUGGAGUCCAAUAAUGAGGCCAGGUAUUCAGCCUGUGUCAGCCAGGAGCAUUGUUGUCAUUACACACAGUGUGUGGAGUGCAGCUCAGCACAGGGGAAUCUUCCUGGGAAGGCCCUUUUCUCUCCCCAACAGGUGACACUGUCAUUAGGCUGGCAGAUGGAGAAAGCACCAUUUUAAAUAGUCAUUACCCAGACCUCUCACCUAUAAAACACACAAGACACUGAGGUGGAAAAGUCACCAGCAUUCUUUAUGUUGAUAUUUGUGUGUCCAUGUUUGUACUAUAUAUUUGUCUCUCUUAAUGGAUUUUACCCCAAUAUUUAAGUUAUUCUUCUCUUCUCUCCUAGGCUGAAGCCGAUGUCGCUUCCCUUAACAGACGUAUCCAGCUGGUUGAGGAGGAGUUGGAUCGUGCUCAGGAGCGUCUGGCAACUGCCCUGACCAAGCUGGAGGAGGCUGAGAAGGCAGCUGAUGAGUCCGAGAGGUAUGUACUUAUGGUGGAUAGGGAGUUAGACCAUAGAGUAGACAGAGUUUCUCUUGCCCCUUACUCUAUUUGGAGUUGUUAUGGCCUUUAGCGAAAGUCAUGACUGGCAGUGCCACUGACCGGUUCCAACAAACAUAAGCUGUUUCAGCGGAGACUAUGAAAUCCUGAAUAAAUGGACCAUGAGGCUCUGUUUCCAUUCCUUUGUUUGGUGUAUAAACAACCCCUCUGUGCUGUACAGCCCAAUGCCUGAAUGUCUGAGACUGUACAUCAGACCCUGUGUAGGCUGGGCCUGCCCUGUCAUCCCCAGUGAUAUAGUGGUGCAGUAUUUUCCCCUCAGUCCCAUAAGAAAGCUGUCAGGCCCAGGCCUUGACUUUGAAAGGGCAUAUUCAAGUUCACCAGCAGCCAUCUAGCCAGUGUGGAUGUGCACUGGGUGUACGCGGCACUCCCAGAGAGCUGCUUGCAGUGUGUCUGCAGUGGUGCCUGCUCACCCAGGUUUAGUCUGGGCUGGAGCUAUUGAUUUGAGUCAUGGAGUUACAGCACAGUGCUUCUGUGAGCCUGGGAAUGGGACUCUUCCUAGCCUAACAUCUGCUGCCUGUCUCUCCCCUUCCUCCCUACAGAGGCAUGAAGGUCAUUGAGAACAGGGCCUCCAAGGAUGAGGAGAAGAUGGAGCUGCAGGAUAUCCAGCUGAAGGAGGCCAAGCACAUCGCUGAGGAGGCUGACCGCAAAUACGAGGAGGUGAGUCUCUCAGCUGCUGCAGCUGCUGGCUGCUUUCCAGUUGUCUCUACAGCCCAGCCCCCGCACACCCUGCCUUGAACCUACCCUAAUACCACACAAUAACGUAAUGGCACACACUAUGAUUGAGUCCACUUGUCUAGCAAACAUGGUGGUUUAGUCAUCUCUACCCUGACGUACCCUAAUUCGUAUAGGGUAUAUGUCCACAUAUAUUGGGUGUAUAUACACAGCCAUUCUGUGAAUAGAGUGUAACUCCUUGGUGUGCUGUACCUAAAGGUUGCCCGUAAGCUGGUCAUCAUUGAGAGUGAUCUGGAACGUACAGAGGAGCGCGCUGAGCUUUCAGAAGGGUAAGAUUUUUCACUGUCACCUAAGAGUAACGCUGCACUUUAUUAGCAUGCAUGGAUGAAGUUAUUUAACGCCACGCCUGACUCAAAGUUAAAAGUACUUUUUAUUUUGGACGUGUUGCUCACUCUUGUUGUUGCAUGUACUAUUAAUUUGCAUGUGUUCCAUGUUUUGAAUGGCCUUUCGUUCACAACAUCCACUAACAGACGGAUUCGAAGAGAGGAGGACGAGCUAAGAGUUUUGGAACAAAGCUUAAAAUCACUUACAGCUUCCGAGGCAAAGGUACUGCAGACUAACAAAGUAUUCUGUCAGGUCUAUCUUUAAAGACUUAUGUACUACUUCCUCUUGUCACGUUCAUUCACUCUGCUGAAUGAAGCCUCUCUUUCCUGCCAGCACCUUGAUCUGCUUUGCUACCCUUUCCUAUGUUUGGGCUUAUGCUCGGGAUAUCCUAGAACUAUAACCUUUUACACCUCUAACCUGGCAGGAACUGUGCAAGAAUAAUAUUUUUCAUAUGCAAUAUUAGCAUUCUUAAUCUAACCAAAUCUGCAAGCUAAAAGGCAUUUACAAAAGUGUCUUUGUAGUCUCCACCUUUGUUGUCGCAUUCCUGCUGUGUUAAGGCACUUUGGUCUCCUUCCUGUAAUUCCCCUAGUUUGUAUUCAUCUUGUUUUGUUUCUCCUCCCCUCUCCUGCUCUCCCUCUGUCCAUCCUGCUUCCAUUUGUCAUCGGUGUCUCAAUAUCCCCCUCCUCCAUUUCGGCACAAUUUCCUCUGGACCAUCCUCCACUUCCUCCUCUCCUCCGCACCUUCUCCCCUCUAAAACAACAGCAAAUGCUCUGAGCUUGAGGAAGAGUUGAAAACUGUGACCAACAACCUGAAGUCACUGGAGGCCCAGGCUGAGAAGGUAGGUAGUCUGCCGCUGUGUUCAGACCCAGGCAUGCUGUCCAAAUCCCAGAUUCCCCAGAGCCAUACAGGAGAAUGAAUGGAUGGAACCUGAAGAACCAUUUACAGCAACACUUGGCUCAUUGGAUACAGUAUCUGGCUUACGAAAUUGGCCUGGGCUAAGAUUAGUCAAACAUUGUACUUAAAGAAGAUGUCAGGCAAAAAUACCUUUUGGUAUUUGUUCUGUUAACUGAAGAUAAACCUAUUGUUGCUCAUUACGUUUUUUAGAACUGUUUGAUAAAAAAUCAUUAGAUGUAAGGUCUUUGUUUCAUAUAAAAUAUUACGUGCGAGUGUUUUUAGGCUCUGCCUCAGUCUCUGUAGACUGGCGGAGAUGUAACAGUUAUCUGUGGGUCGAUGCAUGACUCCUGUUUCUGCUUCUUUUGGUCCACAGUACUCACAGAAGGAGGACAAGUACGAGGAGGAGAUCAAGGUCCUCACCGACAAGCUGAAGGAGGCAAGUUUCACAACCCCCUUUAGCCUGGCCUCUGGCCAAAGUCCCCAGAUAUUUCAGUGCUGUGGAUACUGUCGGCCUACAGUAUCACACUAUCACUCUCUGUGUGACAUUUACAGACUGUCUGAUUCUUAACAACCCGUCUCUCUCUACCACAGGCUGAGACUCGUGCUGAGUUCGCUGAAAGAUCAGUAGCCAAACUUGAGAAGACCAUUGACGACUUGGAAGGUAUGACUUUUUUUGCAGUUAAUUUCAAAACUGUACUUUAAUCUGUAUGGAGUAGGCCUACAUUUUAUAGUAUCAGUGGGUCUCAUUCAUGGCAAUUCGGUAAGUGUCUAUACUUCUUUCAAAAUCCCUUCAACAAAAGGAGGAAAUCCUCUUCCCUUCUAUGCUACACCUCGUCAAUAUACUCUAAUCUGUGCUCAUCUUUGCUACCUCUCAUCAUUUCCAUUAUUAUCAUCUUUUAUAUUUUGAGCAACACGUGCCCCUGAUUGAGUCAGUGUACUUUUGGGGCACAUCUGAGUGGUAAUGACUUUGUUAGUUGGACAUUUGACGGGUCAUCCUAUUCACUCUAUAUUUACGUUUGUUCAUAGAUUGGGUUGUUUCUGCCGGUUGAUCUGCAACAAUUAAGUUGCAUUGCAUCUGCUUAAUGAGAAUGAGCUAUUAGUCACAGUAAGGGAUAUGCUGCCCUAUAGCUGCUUGUUACAGUAAAUCAUCCAUCUGUAAGUUAAAGAAUAUAUCAUGAGGCUGUCAUAGUAAUUAGAAGGGCUGAAGUUGCAGCCAUAUGGUAAUGACAUCUCUGACAUGAGAUGUCCAGGACUCUGUUCACUAUUUCUUGAUGAUGUUGAGGAAUUUGUCAUGGCCUCAAUCACAUUUCUGUUGCUAUCCUCUUCUGGUAUAACGUUUGUUUUUUCCUUUUCCAUUCUGUCCAUCUCUCUCUGUCUCUGUCACUCUCCCUGGGCUGUCUCACCCACCUCCCUCUGGGGUCUUGCUGAUGACCCGGAUCCCACACACCCCUCCACCUCUGCCCCCUCCUCCUCCCUGUCUGUGCACUUGGCCCACAUCCCAAUAGAUGAGUUGUAUGCCCAGAAACUGAAGUACAAGGCCAUCAGCGAGGAGCUGGACAACGCCCUCAACGACAUGACUUCCAUGUAAUUCUUCAUCUGCGCUGCCUGCUUGUGCCUCUGUCGCCUCCUCCUUGCACCUCACAUCCCCAUUGUCUAGCCAUCACAAUCUUCUGUCUCUCUGAAAUUCUCCAUCCAUCUACUGUUUCUGUUUGUACAAGAUAGUGGUUCACGUUACUGUUAGAAAGCAGCUAAUUAUUUUUAUACACUAGGUAGGUAGUCUUAAGGUCAUAGUCAAAGGAUAGUUAAGGGGGGUUGUAUAUUGUAAGUACUGGCCAACUAUGGAGAAAGUGUUUUUAAGCUCACUCAGUGCUUUCCGUUCUCACACUUAGACUUGAUUGUGGUUGUGAGGACGUUCUCUCCAUUAGUCAGUUACCAUUUUAGCAGUGCAGUAGAGUACUUGAACCUAGAGACUUGUUUUGUAUGAACAGAAUACAGCAUGGAGGUUCUUUAUUUACCCAUUUGGACUUACAUUUUGCUAACUACCAUAUUGUAUUACUUUUUACAUCAAGAAAAAGUCAUCGUAAAUCAUUUUGUGAUAGUAUUUUAAAUGUACAUUGUUCGACCAACAAAUUAAUGUCUUAAUUUCAAAAUAUUCAUAAUAUUUUGUCAACCCUUAAUGCAUGUGAGGUGUCUAUUGAAAUGCAAUAUAAUUGUUUUUGCAUUUCAAUGUGAGCCUUCUACUGGGUCUUAAACUGAGUUUCUCCAUAUAGUCAAUGUGCUUUGUGUUUGUCUUCUGUACCUUUUCAAGUGUAGCCACUUGUUUCUAAGAUGUUUCUACUACUAACACGGUCUACUUCUGUGUGGAAGAAAGGCCCAUGCAUCCCCCUUCAAGUUCCUUUUUGUUCAUAACCGCAGUUGAGGGUUAUCUGUCACAAUCUACAAUCUAGUUGCCUUUGGAAGUUGUCUUUUUGUUGAGUUUUGUGCCGUGCCCCUUUGGCAUCUGAGAAGAUAUCAGAUGUGUCAAAGCUGUACGAGGAGCACCACGUAUGACUGUUUGGUCACCUGAUGCUCCUCAUGACUCCUUGGAAAGGUCUUCAUGUGAUCAGAGCGGUUUGGUCCAACCUUUGUUUUGUGUUUGAGGUGGUUGCUGCAGUAGUUGCUGUACAUUGUCUGGAUCCCUCACUGACAAUACCUCACAGUGGGGCAUUGUGGCUCUAGCCUGUCCUUUGUGCUGUCGCGCCAGUAGCGCUGAUGUGUUACUGCCUUCUGUCUACCAACAGACCCCCUAUAGCAGUACCUCACUGUACCUCUUCUCUUCCGCACAGAUAAAUUGUUUACACCUCAUCAAAGACGCCUCCCGCCAGCUGAGCAGCAUCUCUCUGCUCUCUCCAGCCUUUCUUCUAUUUCCCAACCCUUCUGUCCAUGCGUUCCUUUACUCCCCAUGUUCUCAUCCUCUGUCAGUGUUGUAUCCUAUCUCUUGUAUAGAACCUUUGAAUCUUUCUGUGUUGUAUACAAAUAA